CCAAAACGCCUCGGCGUCACUGUAAAACACGACAUAUUCAUCGGAAUACGGCAACAAACAUGGAAACACUUAGGACAUAUAGCACGUUGAAGUGAUCGGCUGGAGUUUGUUAGGAAAGCAGGAAAAAAGAAAAAUAUGAAGUAGCGAGGAUUUCUUAUAUGCAUCUGAUUGAGAUGGUAAAACAUGUGUAGAUGAGGAUAGUUAGUAAGUCGCGUUUUGGGAUGUUUUUCUUGUCGGUUUGUAAAAAUUACUUUGCCGUGUCUGCGCGAUCGCACGUAGCUAACGUGACACGGUGUUCGAAGAGAAAUGUGUAUCUGCCAACCUUUGCGUCAUGGCGGCAGCAGCAGACUCUGCAACAGGGUAUGUGUUUCAGGGUAGAGGUUAAAUGGCUGCAAAGACUCCAAAACAGAAUAUUUUCUGUCACCCAGUGGUCCAGCUACACACAUUGUCAAACACACACCCCACAGGACACGCAGACACCAGAGGUUACCGACCACUGGAAAGGUCCUGUCAAACGUGCCACCCAGUCAUGUCUCUGGAGAGGUCACAAGAAGACGCAGGAUAACCACAACAGCUUUAGGUUUUGUUCUACCGAACCCUCAUUCUUGUCCUCCCCUCAUCUCUUGGGGUUGAGGUUGUUCCCAGUGAGUUCUGUUGCAUCUUCAGGCUGGAGAGGUCUCUGUAGUGGAAAACCCCGUGAAACCACAGCCGACAUCCCACCUGCAGGAGACCAGACGGAAACCAGCCAGACAGCUGACAGACUCCCUGAUCCUGGCCAGGGACUGUUCAAGUUUAAAGAACUGUAUGAGAAUCCGUGGACCAUCCCCAACCUGCUCUGUGUGUGUCGGAUCGCACUGGCUCCAGUCCUGGGGUUCCUGAUCACUGAGCAGCACUUUCACAUCUCUCUGGGACUGUUCGCUUUUGCUGGAUUUACUGAUGUGCUGGAUGGUUAUAUAGCUCGGAACUGGGCCAGUCAGAAGUCUGCAUUGGGCAGCGCUCUCGACCCAUUGGCUGAUAAGAUUCUCAUCAGCGUUCUCUAUGUCAGUCUUACUUAUGCUCAGCUCAUCCCAGCUCUUUUGACAGUGUUGGUUAUCGCCAGAGACAUCGGCCUGAUUGCUGCUGUUUUCUACGUCAGAUACAAGACGGUCCCACCUCCUGUGACGCUUGGUAAAUUUUUUAACCCAUGCUAUACCACUGCACAACUCAAACCCACCACUCUUAGCAAGGUGAACACAGCGAUCCAGCUCUUCCUGGUAGCAGCGUCGUUGGCCUCGCCUGUCUUUCAUUACACAGACAGUCUACUCUUGCAGGCCUUAUGGUACAUCACCGCUGUGACAACGACUGUGUCAGGUUACAGCUACUAUCACUAUGGCAUGAAGACGGUUGCUGUGCUCAACAGCCCCAAGUAACCAUAGCAGUUCAACAGCAACAAUAAACCAUGGCAACUCGGCAACACUCAGUAACCGUUGUGACGUAACACUUGCCACACCAAAGGUUGUCUGAACACUUCAGUUGAACCCAAGUAAAGAUGCUGACAUGAACACGCGUUAAUUCAUCAAAGUGUUUUUAAUCCCUGGAUUGCCAAGGGAUCCAACCUGUCAAAUGAUUAACCGUUUUGUAUCUGAGAAAUAAUGUAAUUAAACCAAGUACCUGCUCUGAUAGUCUUGCCAUGUGGGUAUGUAUGUGUAAAAUAAGUUAGAAUUGAUUAAUAUCGUCUCUGUAAAGGAUUUUGGGUGUGUUGGGGAAACAUGCUUUUUGAGGUUUUCAGCAUUACAACAAAUUCAGGAUAACACACUUCAGACAACUACUCACGUUAAAUAAAUGGAGAGUAGAUGAAUUCCAUGUCAUACAAGUUAGGUGCAAAUGCAAGGAAAAUGUGUACUGUGGAAUUAUACUGAAGAUUUACUGUAUCAAAGCUGUGUGUGCGCCAUCUGCUGGCCUUAAAAAUUAGUUUUCAUCAGACUGUAUUGCUACCGUUAGUGUUGUCUCUUGAAGAGGUAUUCCAAACAUCAGGUUUGAGCAGUAACUGCAACUAGGGAUAAACAGUUAAAUGAAGGUGGCUCACCUUUUAGCCAAGUACAUUUCUAUGGCAAAAUAUCCUAUAGAACAACCUCAAAGCCAGUUCCACUCCAUUUUUUGAUUUCAAUCCUCUAAUCAGGGACGAAUUUGGAAUUAGAAAACCAGGUGGGUGCAAUUGAUGAUGAGGGUGAACACAAAGGUGGCAGGCUCCAGACCUUGUAGAGUAAGAGUUUGAGUACCCUUAUAGAACAUGGUUGUUUAUAACCAGUCCUAGAGGGUAGAAACACUUGUUGUUUCUACCUGAUGAAACUGACAGCAUUUUAACUACUUUGCAGAUAAGAAGCAAACAGUAAAACAUGAAAUAUAUCAGA